AUGGCAUGGGCGGAAACCAAUCAACUUGGAUGUGCCGUCCAUAAAUGCCCUGAUAUGGUUAUUGUGGUUUGCGAGUAUUACCCUCCCGGAAACACACUAAACAGAAAAAUCUACGAGACAGCGCAGACGGGACAGGCGCCCCCGCGCCAACAGCCUCCGCGCCAACAGCCUCCGCCGCAGAUGCAGCAGCGCCAAGGGCCGCCGCAGCACAUGCCACAAAUGCGCCAGAGACAGCCAAUGCCCCAGCAGCAGCAAAUGCACCCGCAGCCGGAGGUGGUGUACGUGACCCGCCGCCGUAAUUAA